CCCGCUCCCCUUUUCUCUCCCCACUCCCCUCACCCCUCGUCCCGCUCCCCCCGUUCCCGUUCCCCGGCAGCGAGGUUCCUGCUCCUUCCCCUACGAGCCCCCAUGGCCUCAGCCUGGCCACGGCCGUGUCCGGCGAUGCUGGCGCGGAGGCAGAGCCAGAGCCGAACGGAAACCUGAUGGGGCUCCUGAAAUCCGCGUUCUGUUCUGGUUCUCGAGCAGAGCUCCCGAAAUCCCGGUUCUGUUCUAUGCUCUCUGGUUUUGCUCUGGCGAUUCGCCACGAUGCUCCAUUCUCUGUGCCUGCACGAGGACUCUGCUCCCAGAGCCGCCGUUCCCCUCUGAUGCACCCGCACGGGCCGCCAUGGAAGCGGGCUGCCUGGAGGAGCCUGCCUGGUCCUGGGCGCAGCGCGGGCAGCAAGAGGGAAGCACCCAGAGGCAGGAGGAGAGCGGGCAGCGGCUGCCUGAGCUGGGCGAUGCCUGCGUGGGGGCCGCGGAGCCGCAGCAGCCUCAGCUGCCCCCCGGCAAGCUGAAGAAAACGGCGUUGAAACUCUUUGGAGGGAAGAGGAGCAUCUGCACGCUGCCCAGCUUCUUUGGGGGUCGGAGCAAAGGGCAGGGGAAAGCGGCCUCUAAGAAGGGCCUCAGCAAAUGCCAGACCCACGACGGCCUCAGUGCUGCGGUGUGCGACAAGGGCGGCACGACACAGCCGGAAAACCCUUUGGAGGGGAGCAGUGACUCGCAAGCUUGCCUUCUGCCGAGCUCCCAGAGUGCUCACAUGGCCCUGGCCCCCAGCACCAAGUUGAAUUUGGGCCGGCGGGACAGCUCUCCACCUGGGAGCAUCGAGGGCGGUGAGAAAAAGCCCACCGGGGAGAAGUCCUCCUGCCCCAGAGCCAAGAAAGGCCUGAGAGGGUUUUUUAACAGCAUCCGGCGUCACCGGAAGAGCAAGGCUGCUGAGGGUGAGAAAGCAGAACUCGCAGAGUGGAACGGGGCUUUGGAGAAGGCCGUCAAAGCCCCUGGUGUGGGAUUGGCGAGCGAAGGGGCUGUAGAGGGAAGGGGCCUGGGAGCUGCGCCUCUGCCUGCGGCUGUCCCGGGGAGCGCAGACGAUGACGGCUCGGUGGGCACUGCUGCCGACUGCGGGGAGGCUGCCCAGCCUAGCGCUCUGCCAGUUGAUGGGGGCAGCUCCGAGGGUGACGCAGAGGUGUUGGCAGGGAGAGGGGACGUUCCAGGUACGACAUCAAAGGCUGACGCUGUCGUCUGUGCAGAGUUUGACAACAGCAAUCAGCUGCUGGCCUUUCACCCAGACUUCCUGGACACCGACCCUGCCUGCCUACACUCUGGGGACUUGCUGAACCUCAUCUUGGGAGACGUUGCAUCUCUGAAGAGCUUUGAUUCCCUGACAGGGUGCGGAGACGACAUCGCUGAGCCCGACAUCGCUGAGAGCACCCUCUCUGUGGGGCACAGCCGCGAUGCUGCUAAACGAAGCUCCUGCCUGGUCACCUUCCAGGGUGGUGGGGAGGAGAUGGCCAUCCCGGAGGAGGCGGAGGAUUUCCUCCCUGAGCCGUGGGACAGCAGAGCAGCUGAGGACAGGAGCUACGGAGCGCAGGUGUUGAGGAGCAGUUUGGAGACCCACGCCUCGCACGAGGCAGCAGUGCUUCCCUAUGUGGGGGAGGCGAUGGACGGUCUUGACCUCCUGACGCCACAGAGUGACCAGCAAGAGUCCGCCCCAAACAGCGACGAGGGUUAUUACGACUCCACCACACCAGGGCUGGAGGAUGAAGCUGGAGACGGGCUUGGGGAGCUCAAGAAGGACCGUCUUCCCAGAGACAGCUACAGCGGGGAUGCACUUUAUGAGUUUGACGCGCUGAUGAGUCCCUCUCACAGGGAGGAAUCCCUGUUUGAGAGCAAAGUCUCGCGCCCGGAGAUCUUCAGCUGCUUCUUGGACUUGUGCCUCCCUGCCGAGGAGAGCCUGGUGCAGAUGCUGGAUCAGAAGCGAGGGCUGAUGGAGACGGAGGAGGAGCGGCUGGUGGCCAUUCAGAAGGAGCUGCUGUACUGGGAGCUGCAGAGGGAGCCGGUCAUGAAACGCCUUGUUGUCCCCAACAAGGAGAAGUGUCCCCGGGAAAAGCCGUGCGUUGAAUGUGAAAGCAGAGCAGCCAGCUGCGUCGGCAAGAACCAGAGCAGCCUUGGCAGGGAGCAGGUGGGCUCACACCCCCCACCCAGGUGUGCAAAUGAUGGGGGUUUGGGAGCUCAAGCUGAAGAUCCCGAGUGGAGGGAUUUUCCUUGGACGCCGUGUCCAGAAACCUGUUACGGUAGCCAAAAAGCCCAAGGAAGUUGCCUUAUUCAGCUCCCACAGGAGAACGCGGGGUUCGAUUUGGACCUGGACCAUGAGUUGUCUGGGGGCCCCAUCCAGGGUGGAGCAGCCCGGGCUGAAGCGGGGGUGUUCCCUGGCUGCAGACUCCCAGAGCAGGAGCUCAGCGACGGAGCGGACGCCCCCGGCGAGCCCGCUGUGUGCAGCGAGCCUGAGCACACGGUGAGCUUCUCGCAGGCGCUGGUGGAGUUUGCCAGCAGUGGGACCCUCUUCUCCAGCCUCUCCGAAAGCCUGGGGAGCUCCGGCUCGGGCUCUUCCUUCACCCAGAACCUCCCUGCCCUCCCCACCAUGGUCACCUUCGACGUGGUGGAUGUGGAGCAGGAAGGGGAAGGGGAGUGCGAGCAGCAUCCCGAGCUGAACGGUGGUGAGGACAUCGCCGAGGCCUUUGAUGAUGGCUUCAGCCAGAAAGAGUCGCUGGCUGAAUGUGAGGAGCCAACGUCUCCGGGGUGCGUGCCGGGCUCCUUCCUGAGCGGCAGCUGGGGCGUUGCCAGCCUUCCCCGGCACCUGCGCCUGCACGGGCUGAGCCCCUGCUGGCCAGCACCACUCUCCCUUGACCGCAGGAGCCGCUCGCUCGACGCCGAGAGCCUGGAGUUUGAGCUGGCGAGCUUGCAGGUUGCCAGGAGCGGCCCUCAGCCAGGCCAGCCCUGGGCAAAGCAGGAGGGUGACAGAAAGGACACAUGCGGAGUGAGGAGGAGCAGGAGCAAAGGCGAGGGUGUGCUGGUGGCUCCCGACGGUGGCUCGAGCUGGCCGGGCUCGCAGCACCUCCAGCACGACUGUGUUACGGCUGCCGGGAGAAGCGAGCUCUGGGGUUUGGCUGCGGCCGUGGCGAUGGAGAGUGUGUGGGAGCCAUCGGAGCAGCCAGGCACCGUGUCCCCUUUCCCGUCUCUUUCCUGCAGUGUCGCUGGAGAGACUUUGGACAGGAGGCCCCUGCUCAGGCCCUCCAGUUUGCCCUUGCAGAGCGAGGGACGGUGUUCCUGGGAGGUGGAUGGCUCCUCGCGGCACCACGGAGAAGCCGGUGCCAAGACUGUGGCCCACGAGUUCCUCCCGGGAGAACUGGAGCCCAGCCGGUCCCUGAGCUUUGGUUUUGCUUCCUCCCUGGAGAAGAGCGCCAAGUGCCGACCUGUCGGCAUCGCCCAGGGCGUGCCGCAGCAUCCCAGUGUCAGCUCCGACACCGGGAAGAGCCCAGAGUGCUGCGGAGAUGGCCUGAAAGGCAGAGCCCUCCCUGGCCACACAGUGCCUGCCGUGAGUGUCACCGGAGCCGAGUAGCUGCUUGGGGAGUGAGCAGAAAGGGCUGGAAAGUGCUGGAAGGGGGAAACGGGACACGAACGAGGCACGUGCAAGUGACUGGAAUUGAGACCUGGGCUGAUCGGGGUGAGCUUCUCUCCCGCAGCUGUGGGACGGGAUCCGGCGUCUGCAGAUGCUCGGGUGGGGUUUGGAACUCCCUCCGGGAUUCAUACAUUAACGCUGAGGCUCUGCCUUGUUUUCCAGCCUGAGCCGCCACACGGUGCGCGCUCCCUUUGCAGCUGGAGUAAAAGCUGGGAGCGCCUGUGGCUGCGAGGCUGGUUUGGGUUUUUCGUGUAGGACUGGGGCUGGGGAGGAGCGUGGGGAAACUCAUGAGGGAAAGUGGGUUUGUUCUUCCUCUUCUUGGAGCAGGUUUUUGUUCACACUCCCUGGGAAUGUCGUCCAUCCAGGUCUGGGUCUGGGGAGGCUGGGAGGAAGGGUGCAGGUGUUCGGCACAGCGAGGACAGCAGAGUCAGCCGCCCGGGGAACAUUGCGGUAACUUUAUUUAUGGUAUUUUUCCCUCAUCCCCCAGAAAGGAGGAAUUCUGUGUGCAGGUGGAGGUGUUUUCCAGGUGUAGGUUUAACUUGCUUGAAGAGACGCGCUUUCCUGGAGUCCCCGUUAAGAACAAUGGGUCUGUCUCUUCUUGGUCAUGGUCUGUCUGCCGGGUGUGCAGUUCGUGGUUGAAUCCUUCCAUGGUCUUUGUCCCUCGCUCCUCACCUCUCCCGUGCGGUUGCCACAUGGACGAGCCCGUUGGGAUAAGCUGGGUUUGCGAGGUGCCUGGAGCUGCGAGGUUGCAGUGCCAUUGCUCUCCUCAAAGGGAGUUUGUGUUUAGGUUGCUUCAAAUUGUUUACAGGUGUUUUCCUUGCAUAAAUUCACACCAGAAAGUAUUCUCUUUGUGGGAUACGGCGUGUAACGCAGCCUAAAUUAGGCUUCACAACUUCUUCCUCCUCACUAGGGGGAAGAAAAAAUCUGGAGGUUGCUGCAGGGUUUGGAUUUCUUUUCCGUCCUGGGAGGAGCGUGGAGGAGGGACUGAAGUACAGAGACAGUCCUGGAAACAUCUCAGGCUGUUGGUCCUUGAGAUUCUCCCACCUCCUCCGUGAUCUCAAACCCACUGUCUCCAAACCAAACCUGCCUGUCCGUGGCCUCCAGAGCUGCUUCUUCUGUUCCAGCUUCGUGUUCUGCUUUUCAUUCCGUUACCGAUGAGGAGUUUUGUUUCCCGCUGUCCCGAGUUGCCCUGUUUCCACCUCACUUUGCAGCAGAGUUUGUAGCAUUAAAAGAAAUCAUCUUGGGCUGGAGAGAGCGGAGUUUUCUCCCCUCUCUGGAGCAAAGUGCAGGGCAGGGCUUUCUGCCAGAUAGACCUCACCCAAGUCAGGAAUAGCAGUUAUCUUUCCCAGGUCCCUGGGAAAAUCUCCCCUGAGGAACUCUCCUGCAUCUGUCGCAUCAGGGCAGCUCUGGCUCCAGUUCUGGGCUGCGGCUGUUCCCUUGCAGCAAAACCCCGUGUCAGCCCGUCGAGAGAUUCUGUGUUGGAUCCCGCAGCCUGAGGGGUUUUAUUUGUUUUUUAUACACGUAGAAAACAGUCACAUUUUGUGGGGGUCCACAGCGGGCUGAGCACCCCUGCUGACCGUACCCGGAGGGAGAUCGUGGGGUGGGAAGUGGGUGGACGAUAUAGGACUGCGCGAGAAAUUAGCACCAUCUGUUCACACAGAUUAUUUAAUGUAUAAGCUAAUCUGAUCCUGCGGAGAUAGGUGUGUUAAUAAAGGCUAUAAGAGGCGCGUGUAAGAUCAAGCCCACGUGGUCAGCCAUGUCACCUCAAUAAAGAAACUUGCUGCCACAUCACCAUGUCGUGUCUCAGCUGCGGCAUCCGGUGGCUCGCGGCCAGGAGUUUCCAACAGGAUAUAGGUUUUGGGGUUCCACAAUGUGAUACAGUGUUAAGAGUUUCAGCGGGCACAGCCAAGAGAGCAGCGAGCAUAGCUGCUAAGUUUUUUCGGAGUUUCGG